GCCUCUUCACAGAGGUGAACUCUUUCUGUCCGAGGCCAUCAGCCAGGAAGAGAGGUCCGUGGCUCUGCGCGACGGAGACGGAGUAAAAGGGAGAGAGAGAAGAGGGCGGCGUGGGGAGGGGGGGGGAACCCACGCAGAAGAAAGGCUGCUCUGGAGCCUGGAGGCCUUCACAGAGGAAGAUCUACACUGUACCCGAUUUUGGGAUUUUACAUCAGCCCCUGAUUGUUUAGUGGAUUUUGUGGAAAGGCCGGGUAAGGUGAAGGCACCAGGAUGGCGACCAACGCGGACGGGGCCAAGCCGGUCAUCAUGAACGAGGAGGAACUGAAGAAGAAGCAGAGGGAGAAGCUGAAGAGGCUGCAGGCCACGGGGGGCAACCCUCGUCCUGCCAGAUCUCUCUUCCUCUUCACCCUGAAGAAUCCUUUCCGCAAGGCCUGCAUCAACGUCGUGGAGUGGAAAACCUUUGAAAUUAUCAUCUUAUUAACGAUCUUUGCCAACUGUAUAGCUCUGGCUGUGUUCCUGCCCAUGCCUGAAGAAGACAGUAAUAACACCAACGCAAACUUGGAAAGUCUGGAGUACAUCUUCCUGAUCAUCUUCACAUUCGAGUGCUUCAUGAAGAUCAUAGCGUAUGGGCUUGUGUUCCAUGAAGGGGCCUAUUUACGGAACUGUUGGAACAUAUUGGACUUUGUCAUCGUUUUCAUGGGACUCUUCACCUUUUGUUUGGAUACCAUAAACAUGAUCGCAGGAGUGCCCAUGGAGAAGGGCGGGGGGUUUGACAUGAAGGCACUGAGAGCGUUCAGAGUGCUGCGACCCCUUCGUCUUGUUUCAGGAGUACCUAGCCUUCAGGUGGUGAUGAACUCCAUCCUCAAAGCCAUGCUGCCUCUGCUGCACAUCGCCCUGUUGGUGUUCUUACUGGUCACCAUCUACGCCAUUAUGGGACUGGAGCUCUUUAAAUGCAAAAUGCACAAGACCUGCUACUACACUGGCACAAACAUCUAUGCAGCAGCAGAAGGUGAGCUGCCGGCUCCGUGUGCCCAGGCUGGCAACGGACGCCGCUGCAUCAUCAACGGUUCAGAGUGCAGGCCAGGCUGGGAGGGCCCCAACAACGGGAUCACUCACUUUGAUAAUAUUGGCUUCGCCAUGCUGACAGUUUACCAGUGCAUCACCAUGGAGGGAUGGACCAAAGUGCUUUACUGGGUGAACGACGCCAUAGGAAACGAAUGGCCAUGGCUCUAUUUCGUUCCUCUCAUUUUGCUGGGCUCCUUCUUUGUGCUCAACCUUGUCCUGGGCGUGCUCAGUGGAGAGUUUACCAAAGAGCGAGAAAAGGCCAGGUCACGAGGAGAGUUUCAGAAGUUGAGGGAGCGUCAGCAGCUGGAUGAAGACCUCCAUGGCUACAUGGAGUGGAUCACUCACGCUGAAGUCCUUGAUGCUGACAGAGAAGGCAAAGGCCUUUUGCCUCUUACCAGCGGAGACUCUGAAACAGACAGCCUGUAUGACUUGGAAGGAAAGAGUCGUAUCAUCUACUACUACCGCCUGGCCCGUCGCUGGAACCGCUUCUUAAGGAUGAAGUGUCUGAUUUAUGUGAAAACCAAGAGCUUUUACUGGGGUGUGAUGUUCCUUGUGUUCCUCAACACGCUGACCAUAGCUACUGAGUUCCACCAUCAGCCUGACUCCCUUACAUCCCUGCAAGAUGUGGCGAGCCGGGUCCUGCUGGUGCUAUUUGUCAUUGAGAUGUUUGUGAAGAUGUACGCUCUGGGACCCAGAGCGUAUUUCAUGUCCCUGUUCAACCGUUUCGACUUCUUUGUGGUGCUCUGCGGCAUUCUGGAGAUGAUCAUGUUGUCAGCAGGAGCUGUGGCUCCGCUGGGUUUCUCUGUGCUCAGGUGUAUUCGGCUGCUAAGGAUCUUCAAAGUGACAAAGUACUGGACCUCUCUAAGCAACCUGGUGGCCUCUCUCCUCAACUCUGUUCGCUCCAUCGCUUCUCUGCUCCUCCUUCUCUUCCUCUUUAUUGUCAUCUUCUCACUCUUGGGAAUGCAGGUGUUUGGGGGGAAGUUCAACUUUGAUGACCACCGCCCCAGGCGCAGUAACUUUGACAACUUCCCCCAGGCCCUGAUUAGUGUGUUUCAGAUCCUUACAGGAGAGGAAUGGACCAACAUCAUGUACAAUGGUAUAAUGGCAUAUGGAGGGCCUGAGAUCCCCGGCAUCCUGGUUUCAAUCUAUUUUAUUGUCCUUUUCGUCUGUGGAAACUACAUCCUCCUAAAUGUCUUCCUGGCCAUUGCGGUAGACAACCUGGCCGAGGCUGAGAGUCUGACUUCAGCUCAGAAAGAAAAGGCGGAGGAGAAGAUGAGAAAGAAGCUGCUAAGGUCCAAAAUGCCAGAGAAAACUGAUGAGGAGAGGGAGAGGAUAGCAAAGAAACUGGCUGAGCAGAGAGCCAAAAUGGAGGGUAUGCCCACCACGGCCAAGCUCAAAAUCGAUGAAUUUGAGUCAAAUGUCAACGAAGUGAAGGAUCCAUUUCCACCUGCUGAUUUCCCAGGCGAUGAUGAGGAGGAAGAACCUGAGAUCCCAAUCAGUCCUCGACCCCGACCGAUGGCUGAUCUGCAGCUCAAGGAAGAAGCCGUUCCUUUGCCAGAAGCCAGCUCCUUCUUCAUAUUCGGCCCUCAGAACAAGUUCCGUAAGCUGUGUUACAAGAUUAUCAACGCCUCGUCCUUCACCAACCUCAUCCUUCUUUUUAUCCUGCUCUCGUCCAUCUCACUGGCGGCUGAAGAUCCCAUUGAUCCAAAAUCCUAUAGAAACCAGAUCUUGGCCUACGCUGACAUCGUCUUCACAACUGUGUUCACCAUUGAGAUUGUGCUAAAGAUGACUGUUUACGGAGCGUUCAUGCACGAAGGGUCUUUCUGUCGUAACUCGUUCAACAUCCUGGAUCUGAUUGUGGUCACAGUGUCGCUGCUGUCCAUGGGAAUGGAAUCCAGUGCCAUAUCCGUGGUGAAGAUUCUCAGGGUGUUGAGGGUGCUGAGGCCUCUCAGAGCCAUCAACAGAGCUAAGGGUUUAAAGCAUGUGGUUCAAUGUGUGUUCGUGGCCAUUAAAACAAUCGGCAACAUUGUCCUGGUCACCAUGCUGCUGAAUUUCAUGUUUGCCUGCAUUGGAGUGCAACUCUUCAAGGGUAAAUUCUACAGCUGCACAGACCCAACCAAAGUGACUGCAGAGGAAUGCCGGGGAUACUACGUGAAACAUGUGGAGAACUCACUGCAAGAAACAGUUCUGGCUAGAAGAGAGUGGACCAACAGCGACUUCAACUUUGACAACGUGCUCAACGGGAUGCUGGCUCUGUUCACCGUUUCAACGUUUGAGGGCUGGCCGAAACUCCUGUACAGAGCCAUAGAUUCAGCAGUGGAAGACAUGGGUCCAGUCUAUAACAACCGUGUGGACGUGUCCAUCUUCUUCAUUAUCUAUAUCAUUCUCAUCGCCUUCUUCAUGAUGAACAUCUUUGUGGGCUUUGUCAUAGUCACCUUUCAGGAGCAGGGAGAGCAGGAGUACAAGAACUGCGAGCUGGACAAGAACCAGCGCCAAUGUGUGCAGUAUGCCCUGAAGGCUCGCCCUCUUAGGUGCUACAUCCCCAAAAACCCGUACCAGUACAGAGUGUGGUACAUCGUCACCUCCUGCUACUUUGAGUACCUCAUGUUCUUCCUGAUUAUGCUGAACACAUUGUGUCUGGGGAUGCAGCACUGCAACCAGUCGAAUUAUGUCACCAAGCUGUCAGACACUCUGAACCUGAUCUUCACUGUGCUCUUCACAGUGGAGAUGAUACUUAAGCUAAUGGCCUUCAAAGUGAGGGGCUACUUCGGAGAUCCCUGGAACGUCUUUGACUUCAUCAUAGUUAUAGGUAGCGUUGUUGACGUCAUCCUGAGCGAAGUCGAUGCCGCCCUGGACUCCAGUGGAGGACUGUACUGUCUCCAUGGCUGUGCUGAGACAGAUCCCAUGGAAGUAAUUGCAGCAUCUGAAAACGCCUCGGUCUCCAUCACAUUCUUCCGACUCUUCCGUGUUAUGCGUCUGGUCAAGCUGCUGAACCGUUCGGAGGGCAUCCGUAACCUGCUGUGGACCUUCAUCAAGUCUUUCCAGGCUCUCCCUCAUGUAGCUCUGCUCAUAGUGAUGCUCUUCUUCAUUUAUGCUGUGAUCGGGAUGCAGAUCUUUGGAAAGGUAGCCUUAGUGGACGGCACGCAAAUCAACCGCAACAACAACUUCCAGACAUUCCCUCAGGCUGUGCUGAUGUUAUUCCGAUGUGCUACUGGAGAGGCUUGGCAGGACGUCAUGAUGGCGUCCAUGUACGGGAAGAAGUGUGACCCCAAAUCUGAUUUCCUGCCUGGAGAGGAGUACACCUGCGGGUCCAACUUUGCUGUCUUCUACUUCCUCAGCUUCUACUGCCUCUGUGCCUUCCUGAUCCUCAACCUGUUUGUCGCGGGUCAUCAUGGACAACUUUGACUAUCUCACCCGUGAUUGGUCUCUUCUUGGCCCACAUCAUCUGGAUGAG